CAUAUUAGCAUAGAGCUAUCUCAUAAUCAUCCCACCACCGCCUUAGACCUAGGAUUAGUAUAGAAUCGCACAAGCUACGCUCGCUUCGUACGCUUCGGUUAUUCAAAUUUCUGCAUUCUUUCAGAACACUAUCAGAGAUAGGUCCUUGGAAAAUUCCUUGUCAAGAUGGGCCGUGGAUUCCUAAGAGUUGUACUACUUCUCUCGUUCCUUACUCUCGUUCACUCUACAGCUGAGAGAAAGAAAAAGUCUAUUGAGGAUUACAAAGAAUCMAUGGAAGAAGCAAAGAAGCUGUCCGAUUUUGUCAACAAUGCYAUCAAAAAUAACGACAAGAAAAUCAGGCCAAAUGCUGGAGGUCCACCWGUCUUAGUCGAAGUAGAAUUUAAAGUGGUCUCUUUUGGUGAAAUCAAAGAAGCACAGAUGAUCUAUUCGAUGGAUAUAUUCUUCCGUCAGUGGUGGUACGAUCCUCGUUUUGCUCACAACUUCAGCACUCCGUUCACCAUGGCGGCAGACGCUACUGAGUUGUUCUGGACACCAGACACCUAUUUCUGGAACUCGAAGUUAGCCAAGUACCACAAAGUGACCAGAGAGAACAUGAGAGUCAUGAUAAAUCCUGAUGGAAAAAUUUACUUCAGUACCAGGAUAACUCUCGUUGCACAAUGUGAUAUGGACCUACGUUUGUACCCAAUGGACACACAAGAGUGUCCUCUGAUUAUCGAAAGCUAUGCGCACACUAGAUCUGACGUGGACUACGUCUGGAAGGGAGGAAGCAAACAAAGUGUCGAGAUCGUUUCCAAAGAGAUGGCACAGUUUGAAUUCAUGGGUGCUAGCACUAUUGUUAAUUCGCAAACCAACAGUAAAGGUUCGUUUGCCAGUCUCCAUGCCAAAUUCCGCUUCAAGCGUCGCGUCAACUAUUUCAUAACGGCCACCUACAUGCCAGCAAUGAUCCUAGUCAUAUUGUCUUGGUGUACCUUUUGGAUCCAUAGGAACGCUGUUCCUGCCAGGGUCACCCUCAGUAUUACUACAAUCUUGACCACCAUCCUCUUGUACGGCACUGUCAACUCCAGCAUGCCUAAAGUCAGCUACUCCAAAGCCCUUGACUACUUCCUGAUGACGUCUCUUGGGUCUAUAUUCAUGUCACUCUUAGAAUACAUACUUGUCCUCAAUACUUAUCCCAACUUUAGACGACCAAAGGAAGAAGAUGAAACCGCUAGCGAGCCACUCAACUCGCCCGAUAAACAGGACCUGACACCCGAUACCAUUGUAACCAUGAUGGACAAAACUUCCAACGGUCGAGAACCCACUGUAAAGGAUAAGGUCACUACAUGCCUCGCACCUAAACCCAAACCACAGAAUAGCAAGAAUGACAAAAAUUUACCCUAUUUGGAUGUGCACUGGAUCGACCGCACCGCACGAGUUAUCUUCCCUUUGUGUUACUUCAUCUUUGUUGUCGGUUACUGGAUCUACUACGUCAAUCAUCCAGAGACCGACUUCUCGUUGUUUUAGAAAAGGUCUCUUGAAUUUCUAGUCAAUUUUCAGCCGAUACUCUUUGGGAUCGAACUGCAAUGUACUUUACUAGAUCACUUGAUUUUUUGUUUUUAAGAAAUGUUUAAGGAAACUUUACGUGUGCCGUUGGAUAAAAGCAGGGUGGUAUGGGAACAAAUGUUUAUCAUUCGCAUAUCCGAGUAUACGGUACAAAUCUUUAUUAUUCGCAUAUCCGAGUAUACGGUACGAAGCUUUAUUAUUCAUAUAUCCGGGUGUACGGUAUACCAGAUAAAGGACUAGAUAUCGUACUUGGAAGCACAGGAAAAGUAGGGACAACUGGGACAAUGCUCAGAUGAGUUCUGGCCAAACCUUCGUAAUAGUAUCUUACUGGUCGUUGCACCCACCGGGGAUUUGAAAUUCUUAUACCGGUGAGAGUAAGGCACGUGGUGAUGCAAUAUCGGUCAGGUGUUGCACCCAACAUUCUCCCUGCGGGUGAGUGGGCUCAUGGUGAUCUAAUAUAGGUAGGUGUUACGCCCACCGGGGUCUUGUCAUCCUUUCUACCUGCGAGAAUGAGGCCCUUGGUGAUGUAAUAUCGGGCAGGUGUUGCAACCACCGGUGACCUGACAUUCCUACCUACAGAAAAUAGACCACACAGAAUCAAUGAGGACACGAGGAUAAGUGGAAAACGUCUAGGUAAUUUAUUCUUUAAGCAUUAAUAUUAAUAUACCUUCUUAAAGAUAAGAUUGAAAGUUUACUAGAGCUGUACAUAGUUCCCACCAUUUAUUUAAUAAUUUUUAUCCGAAUUUCAUUCUAAUCUGAAAUUGGUAUGCCCAGAGUAUUUCUCUUUUUUACUCAGUUUUUCAUAUUUUUCCAAUAAUUCAAAUAUUACAUAGAUCCUGGCAAAAAUUGACAUCAAAUUMUUGUGUUGACAAACCUAAAUAACUWUUCUAAAAUUCAACCACAUGGUAAACGAAAAAAGGAAAAAAUCAGCUUAAAAAACUUUGUUUUUUUCUUAUUCCGAGGUGGUGUCGGAUCCUUGCAGAUUUAAAACUAAAAAAAUAAUAUUUGAAAAAGUUUACUGUAUUUAUAAUACAUUUUGUUGUAAUAAUUCUCUUUUUGCUUCAAAAACAUAUUUGACAAUUUUUUUCAUACCUAUUAACAAGAUUUGGUUGUUUAAAGUUAGAAAUUUAUUUGUGUGAAGUUUAAUUCAUCAAGACAGGUUUUACUUAACUGGUAAAGUAGUUAGUAGACAAAGUAAAUGGAGGUUUUAUUUUGUGUCUAUUUGACUAUUAUACAGUUAUUAUUGUUUGUUUCACAAGUUAAGUAAAAUCACCCUAAGAUAGCAUUCAUUUUUUAG